AUGCUCUAUAGAAGUGAAGGUCGAACAAUUUAUUAUCUCGAUGAGACGUGGGUCAAUGCAAGUGAGUGUGCAAACAAAGUGUGGGUCGACAAAACCGUAACAUCGAGUCGAGAUGCUUUUUUGAAAGGACUGACUACAGGACCCAAAAAUCCAACAGGUAAAGGGAAACGAUUGAUUGUGGUACACAUAGGUUCAUCAAACGGUUUCGUCGAGGGUGGUCUACUGUGUUUUGAAUCAAAAAAAAAUACAGCAGACUACCACGACGAAAUGAACAGCGAUUCCUUUUAUGAAUGGUUUUGUGGAAUUUUACCUCUGUUAGACGAUAAUUCCAUAAUUGUAAUAGAUAAUGCGUCGUACCAUUCGGUCAAGCUGGAUCCCGCACCAACAAUGGCUUGGCAAAAACAUAAAAUUAUUCAAUGGUUGGAGGAUAAAAGUGUAGUAGUUGACAGGAAAAUGGUGUAA